CGCCAUUAGACAGCAACAUUUCAGUUUCGCCUGCUCUCGAAGUCAGUCGGGAAGGGGAUCAAAAUCGAAGGUAGAAAAAGGAAGACGAGGAAGAAGAACACCGAAGUAGUUUCGUGGGCGCGUCUCGUGCGCCAGGAAUCGUUGCAGCCUUCAUUACAAGUCUACAGGUGGUCUUAUGAGGAGGUACAGCCCGCAGUACUAUAGCCCUCCAAGGAGGGCAUAUGGAGGUCGACCGAGGAGUCCACCCAGGAGAGGUUAUGGUGGUGGAGGUGGCGGUGGCGGUGGCGGUGGCGGUGGAGGCUAUGGUAGGCGAAAGGACAACCAAGGCAGCCUCUUGGUCCGUAACAUUCCUCUUGAUUGCGGCCAAGAAGAGCUUAAGGCUGCAUUUCAGCGUUUUGGGGCUCUAAGGGACGUUUACAUUCCAAAGGACUUUCACACAGGGUGAGAUUUUACGAUGGUGACAUUGCUGGUUUUUUGCUGGUUUUCUCUCUCAGUUGGAUCCAUUGCGCACAGGUUUAAAUGGUUCGUUUAUUUUAUCAUCUUAACGGAUAGAGGAAAGGUCAACUAAGUAAAUCCAUGGUGUAGCAUGUUCUGAGCCAGAGAACCAACAACAAUCUGUUAAAAUCGUUCAAAACAAAGUUGAAAACAGUUAUAAAAAUUACUCCUGGUAUUUAGCUGGAUUUGGGUCAAUCCUAUGGGGAUGCAUAUAAUAUUUGGUCAUGCAAGCUACUCGGUGUCAAGUCUGGUGUUGAGUAAUAAACUACGAAAACUCUCACAUGCAAUGUUAGUAGUGGGUGGAUGCUUUUGAUCACUGUUCGACUGCUGUAGGCAGUUUCUUGCAUCUCUUGUGCGUGUACUACUCAUGAAAAUUUCUUGAAGCAAUGAUUUUGCUCAUUAUUUUCAUUUUCAUGGUGCACUGGAUUUUAAAUGGUUUGUCAGGGGGGUUGUUGGUUUGAAGUAAAAUCAAGACCAAGCCCCACAAAUGUUGAAGACCUUCUGUUAAACAUUACCUAACAUAUGGGUCUCAAGUCUCAACUCAAGAUAAUGUCCAAAUGAAGAAUGUGCCUUUAUGAAGAGAAAUUUUGUAAUUACCCAACAAUAGAGGUUUGAUGAGCAAAGAGGAUUUAUUCUUGGCCGUCUGAAGACGACUUGAAGAGAUUUAGAUUGGCAACAUUGGUCGAAGGCCAGGUCAUCAUGUAUUUACCAGUAUUUGAAGAAAAUAUCAGUGACUUGCAUCUUUUCAAGUUGGUCGAAGUGCAUCUUGUAUUUACCAGCAUUUGAAGAAAAUACCAGUGACUUGCAUCUUUUCAAGUUGGCUUUGGUACUUGACUUUUAAGGAAGAGGUCAGCCACUAUCCUGCUUUUAUGUGAGUUCAGUGUCAUCAUAUUUCUAAGUGCACUGGAGGCAGAAGAAAGGUAUACUAACAACUAAAUGCUUGAGUUAUGGAUUAGGAAUCUCAUUUCAGGAAGUUCACUUAUCAUCCUUAGAUAAAUCUUGCUUGGUUGUGCAUCGACUCUCUAGCCUUAUAAUUAUAUUUUGUUGCUCUUUUUAUAGGGAACCCAGAGGCUUUGCAUUUGUGCAAUUUGUGGAUUCAUAUGAUUCCCUUGAAGCUCAGCGUCGCAUGAAUGGACAAAUAUUUGCUGGCAGGGAGAUUACUGUUGUGGUUGCAGCAGAGUCCAGGAAAAGGCCGGAGGAUAUGCGACAUAGAACUCGGACUAGGGGAGGGGGCCGCGGGGAAAGAUCAUCUUAUUAUGGGCGCUCUCGAUCUCGUUCGCUGUCUCGGUCACGCUCUCCUCACCAUCACGGAUCAAGGUCUAGAUACCGUUCAAGGUCCUACUCUCCUCCUGCUCCAAGAAACCGCAGAGACUACUCGCCUUCCCCAGGCAGGAGGCACCCUAACCCUCCAGUUCGAUCUCCAUCUCGCUCUCCAUCUCCCAGAGGUCCUCCUCCCCCUGAACGAGAUGGCGGCCGCGACAGGCUAUCAUAUUCCCCACAGGGUUAUGGCAACCCUGACAAUGUAGACAACAAGGGAAACGGCUAUACCGAGUAAGUGGAUGCUGGGUUUUCAGCCUUGUCAACGUUCUUCCUUAUCUGGUCGUUGAAAUAACACCCAAACCACAUUUUCCGCUCCAGGAAACAUGUUCAUGGCUUGGAGGACGAAAGAGCUUGGAGGAGGCCAGCAGCUUCACCUGGAAGAAGGCCUGCCGCCGCGGCCAUUUCGAGAUCCCCAUCAGGCUCUAGAUCAAGGUCUCCCAACCCGUCUCCUGGCCGCCGCCACCACGGCAGAUGAUUGACGAUCUAAUCUGGCACCAUCCAUCAUCAUCAUCAUCUAAAAUCACUGUUCUUGCAUUGUAUGAAAAAACGAAUCGAGUAGAAACGGUUGUUGGAUGGUUUUCGUUGUUUGACGUGGUGGAUUGUUCUCUAUGUCGCACUCAUGAACUCUCUGUUUCUGUCUCUCGGGUCAUUUCAAUAGCCGAGUAAGAAUGUUGUCAUCUCUCUUAGGUUCAUGGCCUUUUUUUAUUUUUUAUUCCGAUGCCAAAUUAGCCACGCCGUUGAAACCACGCUAUCCAACGAACGACGUGUUGUUUCUUUGUCCUACAUAAGAAUGUUUACGUUGAUGUUAGGAAAUGUUAGAGUGACAAGCGUUGAU